AUGAAAGUGUCAAUCACUAAAUUAAUAUCUUCCAGUAAAGUAAAAAACUCCAUAACCAUGGACAUUUCAGAACAAAUACUGCCACGCCUUACCCACUUACAAAAAUGUGUUCACUCGAAACCUUAUAAUGUACUUCACGUCCCUUCAUUCCUCUUAGGGUGCUUUGUGGUAAUUAUGAUCUCUUCUUUACAACCUUUAUUCAGAUCAAUACUAGGAAGUGUACUGAUAGGUGUUUUACGAAUAAUUAAGUAUUCAGUUAUUGGCGGUGGUGUAGGUUUGAUAAUAAUGGUUUUAACUUCAGAUCAAAGUAAACAACCUACUAAAGCUCGACAAAGUAAGCAUCAUGAAGGUGAUUUUCAACCAAUAGGAAUAAAUACCUUGCAAACUAAGGUUAAUAAACACAGCCGUCCCACCCAGGCUCCAGAACCUGUUACUGUAACGAGUGCAGCUUACGAAACUUUUAUUAAAAGGGCCGAAUGA